CUCCCUCAGGCCUCUCCUCCAGUCAGGAGUCCAGGUGGGCCGCUGGCCAGGUGCGGCCUGGCCUGUCUGCCUCCCAGAGACCAGCCUUGCCCCGCCCCCAGGCAGCCACCAGUGGGGGGGCAUGUGGCCACGUGAAUGACCAGCCAGGUUUCCUUAGAGGCCAGGCCUCUGAGGCCCGGGCCACAGAGCUUCCUGCCCACAGAGAUGAAAAACGCCUCAGGGCUCCCAAGAGCAGCCGGAGUCUCCCUGGUGUCAGCACCCUGGCUUCGGCCCAGCUCCCCUCCGGCGAUGCCCGCCAUGGCAGCCGGGCCGCAGGUGGAUCGCGUGGACAACGGCUCCCAGGGAACCUCGCAGCUCUUCCUCACCACCGCGCUGGCCCGAGGCGUGUCUGGCGUAUUUGUAUGGACUGCUCUGCUCCUCACCUGCCACCAGAUAUACUCUCACCUGCGCUCCUACACCGUGCCGCACGAGCAGCGCUACGUCAUCCGCCUGCUGUUCAUCGUGCCCAUCUACGCCUUCGACUCCUGGCUCAGCCUGCUGCUGCUCGGCGGGCAUCCCUACUACCUGUACUUCGACUCUGUGCGCGACUGCUAUGAAGCUUUUGUAAUCUACAGUUUCCUAACCUUAUGCUUCCAAUAUCUGGGGGGCGAGAGCGCCAUCAUGGCUGAGAUCCGGGGCAAGCCCAUCAAGUCCAGCUGCUUCUAUGGGACCUGCUGUCUUCGGGGGAUGUCGUACUCCAUCACAUUCCUGCGCUUCUGCAAGCAGGCCACACUGCAGUUCUGCAUCGUGAAGCCCAGCAUGGCCUUGACCACCAUCAUCCUCCAAGCCUUCCACAAAUACCACGAUGGGGACUUCAAUGUCCACAGUGGCUACUUGUACGUGACCCUCGUCUACAAUGCCUCGGUCAGCCUGGCCCUCUAUGCCCUGUUCCUCUUCUACUUCGCCACCAGAGAUCUCCUGCGACCCUUCGAGCCAGUGCUCAAGUUUCUCACCAUCAAAGCCAUCAUCUUCCUCUCCUUCUGGCAGGGGAUGCUUUUGGCUAUCCUGGAGAAGUGUGGGGUCAUCCCCGAGGUCCAGGCCGUCGACGGCAGCAGGGUGGAGGCCGGCACAUUGGCCGCUGGAUACCAGAACUUUCUCAUCUGUAUCGAAAUGGUGUUCGCUUCCCUCGCCCUGCGCUGCGCCUUCCCCUGCCAAGUGUAUGCAGAGAAGCAGCAAAACUCACCAGCCCCCCCAGCACCCAUGCAGAGUAUCUCCAGUGGCCUCAAGGAGACCAUCAGCCCGCAGGACAUAGUACAGGAUGCCAUCCACAACUUCUCUCCAGCCUACCAGCAGUACACACAGCAAGCCACCCACGAGGCCCCGGGGCCUGGCCAGGGUGGGCGCCCAUCGCUGGGCGCCCCUCCCAGUCCCGCCGGGGGCUCGGGUGGGGGUAAGAAGAGCCGCAGUGUGGAGAAGCGGAUGCUGAUCUCCUCAGAGGACCUGUAAUGGUUUGGGAUCCAUGGAUCUUAGCUGGGGACCCAGACUACCCAGGCAUCCGGGGAGGUGACUGGGUCCCCAACCAACCCACUUGCCACAGGGUCCGGGCCCUCUCCCAAGACCCCUAUUGCAAGGCCCACAGAGCCUCUCUACCCCAUGCAUAGCCCAGGGAAGAUGCUUGGGUCACUGGCACAUGCCUGAGCUCCCAGCGGGGUGACUGGCUGUGGCCUGCCUGCAGGUAGAGCUGCGAGCUGGCCACUCCUUCCACAGAUGGUCAUAUCCCAGGCUGGGCAGGUCAGAAAGAGUGGGCAGCCCAGGCUAGGGCAGAGCAGGUCCAGGUGCGCAGGCGUGGGACAGGCUCCCUGCCCGGUAUUCUAGAGGAGACAACCGGGAGGCCCCCUCAGGGCUACCCGGCCCAUUGACAGUGUCACCGAGCUCACCUGCAACUUGCUACUUAUUUAUAGAUAAACACUUUGCAUUUUCUAGAA